AUGAUGACCGAAUGUAAAGUCCCUGUAUUUGUCAGUCCCCAAUCGUUAACUUUUAGUCUGGAGGACAAGCAAUCUCACAGGCAAAUAAUUACGCUAUUUAAUCCAUACGACUUUCCAGUCAGGUUCAAAGUUUUUUGUACGUGCACAAAAAAGUAUACUGUAGUUGAACCAGAAGGUUCAAUAAGUGCCAGUUCUCGAGUGGAUAUAGUUGUCAGACACAAUGCUCCUGCGCCAGCAUUCUGCGACAUCAGAGAUAAAUUCCGAAUACAAAUGCAAUAUUAUACGACCAAAAAAGUCAUUGGAUACAAAGAUGUUGAAACAAUAUUAGUAAGGUCUUCCGAAAAUUUUGAGCUACCAGCUGAAAAUUUUAAGCAAUUACUCAGAAGUGAUAUAUCCGUUGAUAACUAUGAUAAUGAAUCUGAAAUAAGACAAAACUGUAAUACAAAUACUCCAGGACCAAAUCUCACAACUCUAUUUAUGGCUGGUGUAUGUAUUUGCGGAUUACUUUUACCAUCAUCUGAAGAUUCAGACAUUCUGAAUUUUCGUAUUUCUUUCAAUUUAAAAUUAGCAUUAGCUUUUGUUUUGGGUAUGACUACAAUAACAAUAUUACAACAUCAAUAA